AUUAUGACUGUAUGGAUACUGCUCCCCAUCAGGCAAGGAUUGCAAUAUCAUGGAUCGGCAGACGGGGAAGAAGAGUGGAGUCGUAAAUCUUCCUGACGGAUUGUCUUUGUAUCUCAUGUCCGCGGGACCCGAACGAAAGUCGAACAAUGAGCCUGCAGUCAUCAUCGAACACGGCCUGGGCGGCUCUCGUUUCGAAUGGCUCGCGACCAUGCGCCUCGUCGCCGACUUCGCCCGCGUGUACGUCUAUGAGCGCGCAGGUUACACACCCAGCGGUCCGCCGCUCUCUCAUCAGCCGCCGACGCUCCAACAAAGCGCCGCGAAUCUCAAGAGCUUGCUUGAAACGGCCCGGAUAGCACCGCCAUACAUACUCGUAGGCCACUCCAUCGGCGGUAAGCUCAUACGACAAUUUCUCGCCGAUUACGGCAAAGACGUAGUCAGCGGCAUGGUGAUCGUAGACGGCUCGCCGCUGACAGUGAGGAUGCCAUCGAACUGCGGGGAGCUGUGUGGCUCAACGGGGUACCUGGAGGUGGUUGGCGUGAAGGCGCAUCACACAAUUCCAGAGGACGAAUGGGAGAAGGUGGAGAACGAAGACCCGUCCAAUGCUGCGAUUCAGCAACUGGAGCUCGAGCACGCAGCACCCGAUGGACCUGGCACUGCUGGUCGAGACCUCUACGAGAGACUCAAGGGCCGGCAGGCAUUGGGGGACGGCAGGCUGAGCGUCAUCUUUGCGGACGAAGCAAAUGACCUACAGAAGAUGCUUGACUAUAGCAUCGAGCACGGCUGUGGCUCGCAAAAGGCGCGGGACGAUGCACGCAAGCAUCUGGAGAAUAUGUCAGUUCUGGAUGAAGCACUGGCCCGCGAGUCGAUGGAGCUGUCGAGUAAUGCUCGGUUCGUGAAGGCGGAAGGCAAGUUGAAGACGCACAAUCUACAUGUUAUCGAUCCGGGGUUUGUUGCGAGACAGAUUGAGUGGGUGUUUAGUGGCAGAUGACUGUGGUGCGGUUCAAAAGGACAUGCCAUUGUUUGAUGCCAGCCUGGGUUAGGGUUAGGGUUACAGUUGAUUGAUCCCGAGCUUCCACUGCAGCAGCCACAUGGCAUUUCUACACCUGC